UGUUUUGAAAACAAGGCAUUUGACCAUUUUUAUUUUUUGCGACAGUGGAUCAAUUGCACUACAACGAUUGGAAGUAAAAAACUAAAAUCUCUAAAGUCCGAGGAACCCUAAAAGCAUCUUAACCGAGGGGAAAAAAAACAUCGAAGCUGAAGACAACGAGGGAUCCCGGGCAAAAAAGAUAACAAAAAAUCCAAAACAAAUACAUUUCAGCUGAAGAACCUAACCUGAUUCUGGCUCGGAAUGAGUCUUCUAUCAUUUGCUGUCCUUUUUGGGACGGCAAUCACGGUGUUCAGCGAAAAGCACUCUCUCUCUUACAUCUACACGGCAUUUUCCAACCCUGUGGAUCUGCCAGGGUUUCAUGAGUUCACUGCCAUGGGAUUACUGGACAACCGAAUGAUUGACUACUAUGACAGUGACAACCAAAUAAAAGUUCCCAAACAGGACUGGAUGAAAGAGCAUCUUGAACAAGAGUACUGGGAGAAAGGCACCCAGUCCAGAAAGAGCAAGCAGCAAUGGUUCAAGGUCAACAUCGACAUAUUGAUGAAACGAAUGAGACAGAAUGACACAGACACCCAUAUUCUCCAGUGGAUGCAUGGCUGUGAGGGUGAAACUCAGUCUGAUGGGACGAUGCAGUUUGUCCGUGGGAUGGACAUGUACAACUAUGAUGGAAACGACUUUCUGUCCUUUGACGAUGACAGACAGGUUUGGGUUGCUCCCAUUCAUGCAGCAGAAGAAACCAAGAGGAAGUGGGAUGAGGUCCAGGUGCUGAAGGAAUACACCAAGGGCUACCUGGAGAAGGAAUGCAUGGAAUGGAUGAGCAAGUUUAGAGACUUUGGGAAAGAGCAGCUUCAAAGAGCCACUCCACCUACAGUGCAUUUGUUCACUCGUAAGGCCAACGUCGAGACGAACACCAUUUUGACAUGUCUGGCUACGGGCUUCUAUCCAAAAGACAUCAUUCUGCAUAUCAAAAGAAAUGGCCGGAUCCUUACUAAGGAGGACAGGGUACAGACCGAUGGAGUUCUCCCAAAUCAUGACGACACCUUUCAGAGAAGAGAUUAUGUAGAGAUCUUGAAGUCUGAUGUUGCCAAGUACACCUGUGAAGUUAAACAUCCUGCCUCUUCAAUGCACAUUGAAACGAGUUUGGAGCCCAAAGGAGAAGGAAAUUCACUCGUCAUCAUUGCUGCUAUUAUCCCUAUCCUGAUCGUGCUUGGAAUUGGUGUACUUGCUUUCCUUAAGUUUAAGACACACUAUCUUGAUUGCUCUGAAGGCUCAACUCAUUCAUGUCUAGAGUAUGUGACCACCUCCAGCACCAAUGGUCACAUGAUUCAAAACAACGGCACCAAUGGUCACAUGAUUCAAAACAACGGCACCAAUGGUCACAUGAUUCAAAACAACGGCACCAAUGGUCACAUGAUUCAAAACAACGGCACCAAUGGUCACAUGAUUCAAAACAACGGCACCAAUGGUUCCAUGAUUCAAAACAACGGUACAGGAGAUAACAGCGCUACCACACCCCUCAUGAGUGAAACUGAAGGACCUGUACACCUCUGUGCAGGUACAGAAGAUAACAGCGCUACCACACCCCUCAUGAGUAACACUGAAGGAAACGCUGGUGGAGAGGGAGACAACAACAGUCAAGAAAGUGGGAUUUCAUCUGGAGAAUCAGAUAAAAAGAGCUCAGAUGAAUCUCUUAACAAGAGUGACUCUGGAGCUGGUUCCACAGAAUCCAACGAUUAAAGGGAGACUCCUCAUUCAAGUAAUUCAGAGUUCAGUGGAAAGUGAUGAUCGUCCGAACUCUAGUCAGAUGACUGCAAACAUCGCUGCAGCCUGAAUAACCAGUUUGGAGCAUAUUUUUAACCCGUGACACGGAAACUUUGAGCACUUUUAUUCUGUUGGCUUGCCUCUGAGGCUCUUUGUAGUUAGGGAAACUGCAGUUUGAUUGAUUUUUCUUUAUGUGUGUUUAAAAAAACCGUGCUUAUUGUUCUUUAAGCUGCUUUGUCAGAUAGGAACAUAAUUAUGUUGUUAAUUUGAUUCUUGAAAUAUUACUUGGAAAUAUUAGCACACUUUUUAUUUUUAUUUUUCAAUUUCAGUUUAACAGAACUUCAUUUCAACAACUACCAAAUUUCGAGUCGGCUGUUGCAAUAGAACCUUCCUUGAACCCAUAAAAGCAUUUCAAUAACUUGGGUUAGGGAAGCUUAUUAAAUGUUGAAUCUGUUACUCACUGUCUCCCAGUAAAAACGACGUUACAAAAAUCUACUGAAACUUACAAAACCUAUACCAUUUCUUGUAAAAACUUAACAAAAUUAAAUUAUGCUCCCUCAACCUGAGCAGCAAGUGAAAAUAAAAACAAAUGUAUUUGCUUGUCAUAAUGCAAAGUAACUAACUGAAACGUUCAAAGAAAGUUUGAAGAGUAGUAGAAUGCAUAAAGUAGACAAAUCAUUCUUGGAGUUGAAAUGAUACGAGAGCUUGUACUAGUAAUAAGCUUGUUCAUUUGUCUCUCAGAUCAAUAGACAAUCUCUAAGGUGUUGGUAUUUUUCAGAGCUGAUAUUUCUAAACAGCUGGGGGAGCACAGUUUAUAGGGUUACAUUUCACUUCUACAUGUGUAUAUGCUUCAAUCGUAUUCAAACGCAGAACCACUAACAGGAAUUCAGAUGUAUUAUGGUUGUGGUUUUUCUUCUAUUGAGUGAAAAUUCAGAACAUUACUCUGUGGUGGUAGCACAGGAACGUUUAGAUCACUUUUUGCGUUUAUAUAUUGUGCAGUAAUUUUGUUGUUAUGGAUAUAUAAAGAUACUCAAGGUCAAUCACACAAUUGAAUAACCUACGUUUCCAUAGGUUGAGGUUUGUUACAUUAGAGAAGUAACUUUGUCAAUACAUGCUAAUGUAAUUGGAAUGUACUUACAAUUGAGGAAACUAAAAUUCAAGGAAAAAACAAGUUUAUGUUGAAAAUGAUAUUGCUAAAUAUUAAAAUGGGCUCCUGGAAGCUUUAAAGUACUAAAAUUUGAAUACGCUUAUAAAUUAUAUAUUUUUUUAACAAGGUCGUGCAUUUCAGAUUUAAAAUGUGAUAAAUGUAACAUAAACAAUGAGACAAUUUGGCUAACUGAAUUGAUGACUAAUGACUGAUGUUAGCAGCCAGAUUAGAGGAGUAAAAUCCGAUUUGGUUUAGACAGGCGUCUCUUUUCAUUUAGCACCAGUUGUGUAAAAAAGCAUUUCGAUAACAUUAGAUGGGUGGAAAGUUUCAAAUAAACUCUUUAGUUUUUAAGAACAUUUAAAGUUCUCCACGAAAACAGAUAAAUGAAACAUGCGCCACAAGCUUAUUAUUGUUACACAAUACAAGGAAGUAGGUAGAAAAAAAAAACAUCUUCAAAUCAGAAAGACAUGGUGGAGCGUUCACUGAUCUCUGUAAAUCUGAACAUUUCAAAUGUUCUUCUGAGCCUAAACUCUAUCGACUUAAACUGCAACUGAUAUGAAAGCAAAUGAGCCACUUUUUACAAUUUUUAUGUUUUCAUGUCUAAUCAUAAUGAUAUUUAAUUUAAGUAUCAAAGUAAGUCAAGUGUAAAUAUUGUUAUUAGGGCUGAAAAAUAAAUCGAUGCGAUUGCGUAAUCUGAUUUUUGAAGAUUUUAUUUUUGAAGAAUCUGGAUUUUUUUUGUCAUCAAUUUUCUCUUUGGGUUUCUGUAGUUCACUGAAGUCAGCCCCCCACCCCCUCAGUGCCAACCAUCUUGUUUUACAAGCCUGAUUUACUGCUUGUAUUUUAAUUGGACUUUGAAGUCAGGUCUACUCCCAGAAGGGAUGACUGAAAUAAAAGCAAGUUUUAAAAAUAUUUAGUUUAUUUUGUAAUGUCUUUUUAAGAAAAGAAACAAGAAAAAUACAUUAAAAUUGUAUGGUGUAUGAAAAAAUUUGAGAUCCCAUUUUAAGUCGUAUUGCCCAGAUCACAAAACAUUUUUGCUUUUUAUCCACUUUAAUAAGUUUCUCCUUUGUUAUUAUUUUUGUUCAUUUCAAGAUGAAUCAGGUUCCAAAAUGGCUAUAAAAUGAAAGCGCAUCAAAUAUGAACUUGUAAAGAAAUUAAGUCUUGUAAAAUACAAAUCUGUUUUGGUUACACUUUAAUAAGAAAAUAGUUGUCAAACUCAAUGUAUCUGUAUUUGUUUGGAGCUAUUUGAAAAUGUUUUUAAUUGACUUUAAUUUUGUGUGUUUUUCAAUUACUUGUGUCUUACUGUAGAUUACCUGGGUAUUUGAAGUUCUUCGUCUGUAUUUUUAAUUGUUUUUAUGUUAAUAAAUCAGAAAAAUAUUCACAGAUUGAUAAUUGGUAGCAAUAAAAUUUUGGAGAACUGAAUUAAUGCUGCAGUUAACAAACCCAAAACAUUUUGCAAACUCCCAUUUUUUGUUUUAUAAUGAUUUAUUGAUUCUAAUUUUAAUUAAAAUUUUAUUAAAUCAGGCUUAAAAUCGAGCUUUAAAUCUGAAUGUUUUAAGCUUUGCAAUUUUAUGUUUUUUGUCAUCUAUGAAUUAUCUUUUCUGAUUGUGGUUUAGUUGAGCUGUAAAAAAAAAUCUGAAUAUUUCAUGUUGCUAGAAAAAAGUACACAGUUUGGAAUGGCUCAUGGUUGUUUAUCUUCAAUAAAAUAUAUUUUAUGAAAAAUCUUGAAA